AUGCCAUUUUAUGAGCUGGCAGGACUACGUGUGUCGGGAGCCGUAGUCUCGGACAGCUUUAAGGAAUGCAGCCAGUUCCUCUACAUGCACACACCACCCACUGGCAUCCGAGGGGGCAACCUAAAGAGGAUUUGCCAACGCUAUGGGGACAAACCCCGCUAUGCCACCCUGUACGACAGCAGCCGGCGUCUGCCUCUUUAUUCAGCCUACACGUUCAAGAAAUCGGACGGGCAGAGAAGGAUGGACACCCCCUGGAUGUACGAACCACAGCUAGCCUCUGAGGAUGAGAGCGGGAACAUGCAGACUCUGCCCCCUGGUGACAAGACUGACCCAUUGAUUGAGGAGAGCCAAGCAGUGUUGGAGGACUACACUGACGCUGUGGAGUAUGAACGUGGCCCACUAAACCCAGAUCAACACCAGGCCGACAAUCAGGACAAAGCUGCCGUCUACACGCUUACCAAUGUAGUGCCUCAGAUCACUGACUUCAUGGAGGGUUCAUGGGCAGCACAUGCAGAUAGAAUAAGACGACGGCUCAAUAACUUCUGCCAAGGCGUUUCGUACAUUGUUACCGGGGUCACCAUUUCUGGGGUGACCAUUCGUCGGGGUGGGCAGGACCGCAUGGCGGUCCCUAAGCAUCUGUGGUCAGCGUACUGCUGCCCACGGUAUGAUCGUAACUCACCCUAUGAGGUGAGGUAUAUGUUCCCUUCCUAUGCAGCCUAUGGACUGAAUGAAGUGAUGGGCCACAGUGUUGUGGAGGUGCCUCUAAAGACACUUGAGAACUUUCUGAAGAACCAAACAGGAAUGGACAAAAAUUUGAGCAUAUUCUUAAGAGGCUGUGUCUCGGAGAACAAAUUCAAAAAGAAGAAAAGAUAG